CAGAAGAGCCUCCCGAGGAACCAGAACAUUGGAAAGAGAUCAUUAAAGAUUUCAAUGACGCAAUAAUGCCUGGUAUUACUCAUUGGCAUUCCCCGCAGUUCCACGCCUUCUACCCAACGGGCAACUCAUACGCAAGCAUUGUGGGAAACAUUCUAAGCGAUGGUUUGGCUGUCGUUGGAUUUAGUUGGAUGGCGAGUCCAGCCUGCACGGAAUUAGAAGUCAUAACUAUGAACUGGCUUGGCAAGCUUCUUGGUCUUCCUGAAGAGUUUUUGAACUGCUCUUCGGGACCUGGCGGUGGAGUUAUUCAGGGUUCCGCAAGUGAAGCAACAUUAGUAGGAUUACUUGUCGCUAAAGACAAGACUAUACGCAUGCAUCAAAAAGACAAUCCCGACCUUGACGGAGACAUGUUCAAACCAAAACUUGUUGCUUACACGUCUGAUCAAUGCAACUCGUCUGUUGAGAAAGCUGGACUAUUAGGUUCUAUGAAAAUGAGGUUACUGAAAGCCGAUUCAGAUGGAAGACUCCGCGGUGAUACACUUGCAAAAGCCAUGGAAGAAGAUAGAGCUCAAGGGUUUAUACCAUGUUAUGUUGUUGCUAAUCUGGGUACUACAGGAACUUGCGCUUUUGAUCCACUAGACGAACUGGGCCCUGUUUGUAGUGAAGCUAAUGUGUGGUUACACGUUGACGCCGCAUACGCAGGCGCCGCAUUUAUGUGCCCUGAAUACAGACAUUUAAUGAAAGAUAUUGAAUACGCGGAUUCCAUCGUUGUUAAUGCCCACAAGUGGAUGCCAGUCAACUUUGACUGCUCGGCCAUGUGGGUUAAGAACGGAUAUGAUAUAAUGCGUGCAUUUGACGUGCAAAGAAUAUAUUUAGACGACAUGAAAAAUAAUAUGAAAAUUCCAGAUUAUAGGCACUGGCAAAUGCCUCUGGGUCGGCGAUUUAGAUCACUGAAGUUAUGGACAGUAAUGAGAAUCUACGGCGCUGAAGGACUCAGAAAACAUAUCAGGACACAAAUUUCAUUAGCAUUGCAUUUCGCAAAGCUAGUACGGGCUGAUGAUCGCUUCUUGGUCGAACCCGAACCAUGUAUGGGGUUGGUGUGCUUCCGAUUGAAGGACGGAGACAUGAUCACUAAACAACUGUUAGACAACUUAACAAAAAAGAAAAAGGUUUUCAUGGUAGCUGGGUCAUUUAGAACUCGGUAUGUCAUACGAUUUGUGAUUUGUUCUCGGCUAACUACUGAAAACGACGUUAAUUACAGUUGGAGCAAAAUCAAAGAAGAAGCCGACAUUAUAUACGCUGACAAAGUACACACCAAACCUCAAAUACCGGCUAUCAAUCAAAUACUUUCAAGAGAAAUAUGUGAAAAGUCUAAAUAAUUUUAAAUAAAACGAAAUUUCUGCUAGAAUAAAAUAUCUCAAAUAAUCA